GGUGUGAUUACUGUGAGGAUAAUCUUUAACACACAUGCUGUCUCUAAGGGGAGCUCCGGAAAGUUGGCUCAGAGUGGCCAGCCUUCCUGAAGAAACUGUAAGUUGCAGCAGUCUGUGAAGGUUAGUUGCGGAAGAAACGGAAGUGCAGCAGGGCUGAACAGCAGCCAUUCGGAUGGGUAACGUACCCCAUACAGUGAAGCACUGCCUGAGCUAUGAGCAACUUAUCCAGGACUAUCCACGGCUGAAACGCUGGCUGCUGGAGGAGAAGACAAAUACAGGACAUGAGUUUCCAGAGUUUGUUAAAAUAGUUGAAGUUGGGCCAAGAGAUGGACUUCAAAAUGAAAAGGAAAUUGUUCCGACAGGGGUGAAAAUCCAGCUGAUAGACAUGCUCUCGGAAACAGGCUUGGCUGUGAUUGAGGCCACCAGCUUUGUCUCUUCAAAGUGGGUACCGCAGAUGGCUGACCAUACUGAUGUACUCAGAGGAAUCCAGAGAGCACCUCAUGUUCGGUACCCUGUUUUGACACCUAACAUGCAAGGCUUCCAGGAGGCUGUUGCAGCUGGUGCUACUGAAGUGGCGGUGUUUGGGUCAGCGUCUGAAACCUUCAGUAAAAAAAAUAUUAACUGCUCUAUUGAUGAAAGCAUGCUGAGGUUUAAGGAAGUUAUUAACACUGCCAAAGAGAGACAGAUCCCAGUCCGUGGAUAUGUUUCUUGUGCCCUUGGAUGCCCCCACGAGGGAUAUAUUGAACCUUCCAAAGUAUCUGAGGUGGCAAAGAGUUUAUACGAAUUGGGCUGCUAUGAGAUUUCCUUGGGGGAUACUAUCGGUGUUGGUACUCCAGGUUCCAUGUUGAAGAUGCUGCAGAGUGUGAAGAAGGAGGUACCCACCAACGCUCUAGCAGUUCACUGCCACGACACUUAUGGGCAAGCACUGCCCAACAUCCUUACUGCACUUCAGAUGGGGGUCUGUGUGGUGGAUUCUGCAGUAGCUGGCCUGGGAGGUUGCCCAUACGCUCAGGGGUCAUCUGGCAAUGUUUCAACAGAGGAUGUUCUCUACAUGCUCCAUGGCAUGGGCAUUGAAACUGGUGUGAACCUGGCCAAAGUUAUAGAGGCGGGUGACUUCAUCUGCAACGCUUUACGUCGCGAGACAAACUCCAAGGUUGCCAAGGCAAGAGGCAGAACACUGUGAUGGGUUUCUAUAAGGGACAAUAUUUAAAUAUUUGACUCUGUUCAAUUUAAAGUACUUCCCCUUUUGUUGCUGCCUUCAGAUUUGUUGCCUUUGCUUUUGUAGUUGUGCUUUUUGUCACAGAUGUCUCACCCAUAUAAUCUAAAGAAUUAUCAGAACAACAUUGUGUUUGUGUUCCAAAAAUCUGUUUCGAGCUUAGUUCCCUAAAUUUUUUUCCACAAUUUAGAGUCUAUUACUAGAAGGAAGAAGGGUCAUUAUGAUCAAUUUGAUCUUAUUUAAAUCAACUCAUUUUUGAGUUGGCUUUUUUUUUUGUUGCUGUAAAGCAAAGUAUUCAUUUGUAAGAAAUGUCAAGAUUGAUGAAUUGAGAAGUCAUGAAUACAUAAUGGAUUUUUUAAAACCUGAAUUUUACACCUUUGUUUCAAAACUUUCUAAUAUUUAUUUGGCUCAGACAAAUAAACCCAGUAAAGGUCAGUCACUUUGACUUCGUAGCUCAGUGGUCUUAUAAAAUAAAGUAACAGAAUAUGAAUUGAGUCUGUUUUGGCAACUUGCUGAACUUCAAAACACCACAGAUGUUUCAUUUUAAUAAACAGAGAUGUCGAAAAGCAAAAGGAAGAAGCUCCUUCCUCCUUUAUAAAAAUGGAUCUGUUUAUGCCCUUUACUCUUUCUCCUUUUCCUACCUGAGUCGGAUCAACAAUGAUUAGCAACUGAAAACACAUCUCCUCUCAGAAUACCAUAAAAAUAACAAGUUAAAAGCUGCCUCCAAAAGUCUUUUUGCUCUCAUGUUUGCCAAAGAUCAUUUAAAAAAAACGUUAAAAAAAUAAUAAAAAACGUUUACCAUGACAUAAGCUAUGUGUCUGUGUGAGUGUCAAAUGUUUUCUCCUGCCUGUUUACAUCUUACUGUGCUCAUCUGUAAAACAUAAUCAAAUAAAAAAUGUAAUGAGACACUAAA